CCGCUCUACUACCACCUCACCGAUGAAGUGACAUAUCCUUCGAUUUCAUACAAUUUCAGAAUCCCCACCAAAUCAUGGUCCAAUAUAGAGAGUCACCCAAGCAUGCAGCCCGUCGCACCGCUGUCCGGAAUAUCUGGAAAGGCGUUCGAGGCUUGGAGACUGUCCAAUGUGAGGACCAAGACCUAGAGCGCAUCCAGGUCCAGGUGCUUCCCAUGACGCUAGACGUGGACGGAAUGCCGUGCUUCGAGCCAUGUUAUUUCAAGCCCAUGAAGAACAACUUCCCUGACCCAGACCCUGAGUUGUUGGAAAUGGACUUCCCACCAUAUGAUCCGCAAGAUGAUUUCACCGUGGAGACAGUCUACUGGGCGGAAGGUGUUGCCAAUUAUGUCGAAGAAUAUAUCCAGAGUGUUAUAUUUACUGGGCUCACUGAAGAUAGUAUCUUCAGUGAGUCCAGUAAUAGUAGUAAACUGCCGUCAGAUCCUAGCGAUGAGGAGCUUUGGGAUGUGGUAGGUGCCGAUAUUCGCUGGCUCAGCACAGCCACCAGCCAUAGCCCCAAGCAGCCUUAUUUCAAGUGCAUGAUGGCGAGCAACAUCGAUGGGAAUGACAGGCUCACACGGUGGGAACUGGAGUGUAUCUGCAAGAGCAUGGAGAAGCUGCUCAAUCUCCGCAUUUAUGCUAAGCACUUAGUUACUCCGGUCAUGAUUCUAUCCUAUAUGGGGCCAAGACAGGUCCGUAUCCUCCUCGCUCACUUCGAUGGGACCAACAUGGUUAUCCGAAAGAGCCAAUUCUACGACAUGCGGACUGAAGAUGUGGAGGCGUUGAGAUUGCUUGUCCGGUGGUGGUGUUCGUCUGAAUCUGGGGAUACCAUUAACGGGUGA